AUGGAGGCCCGGAGAGAUCAGUACCAAGGCUUCGUGGAGACAUGGGUGGGGGUGACUAGGGUGUGUACGAGCAGGGGAUACUACAGACACGAUCUGGGCGCCAGCCGUCUUGAGGUCGGGCGCAAGUCUUUGGCAGAGGCGAUGAGCCAAGAGUGCCCGUCAGGGCUGCCGUCGGUGGACGACGAGCUGCCGUACCUGCAGAUGUCGUCGUCGGACGUGGAGAGCUUCCUGGAGCCCGGGGGCGAGGACGUGCCGGCGCCGUCGCAAGGGAAGCGGAGGGCGGCCAAGGCGUGCGAGGGGUGCAGGAGAAGGAAGCUGAGGUGCGACGACGGGCGGCCUUGCGGGCGGUGCAUGGAGGACCUUCAGGAGUGCGUGGAGGAGGACGCGAGCGCGAGGAAGAGAAGGAGGCCAAGCAGGGAGGAGACGAGCGGGAAGCCGUGCGAUCACUGCCGGGAGAGCGGGCUGUGGUGCGAGGAGACGCGACCGUGCUGGCGCUGUGUGAUUGCGGGGCUGAGCUGCACGGACAAGGGGGAAGGGGGGCAGGGGGGAGGGAAGGGGGAGGGUGGAGAGGGAGAGAUUGUUAUUGAAGGCAACCUGGGAGGGGCAGAGUGUAAGGGACAAGGGGAGGGAGAGGAGGUCGGAGAGGCUAACCUGAGUUUCAAUGAGUUGUAA